AUGUUUUCUGCCAUCACUACUCUCUACGCAGCCCCAUCACCUAAGAUCUAUCUCAUCUGUGCUCCGCAGCAUCCACAACACUGGAUGGAUCCUUCUGAGAAAAGAAAGCUCGACGGCGAGGCUGCCCAGGGCGAGCCUUUGACGAAAAAGAGGGUGAUUGGACCCGCAAUGCCACCCCCACAAGCAUCAGAUCCCCGCGACGAGAAAGUUGGAGAACCGGCGUCGCCGAGCGGCAGUGACAGCGACAGUGACAGCGACGAUGAUUUUGGACCUGGACUUCCACCCUCUCUGGGUGGUGCACAGCCAGUACCAGCAGCACCAGUCCCGACCUCGUCGCACGGAACCGACGUUCAAAAGAAGGAGAAUCAGCGGGAUGAAUGGAUGCUGCAACCGCCGAGUUCGAGCGACUGGGCCUCCAAGAUCGACCCAACACAAUUACGGAAUCGCAAAUUUCAAACCGGGAAAUCCGCCCGCGCGCCCGGGUCCAAACAAGUAGAUGCAGCUUGGGUCGAAACGCCAGAGGAGAGAAUGCGGCGACUCCAGGAUCAAGUAAUGGGGGUCGGCGCCGCUCCCAAUCGAUCGGAUCAACGGUCCGCCUCCACUACAGAUGUGGCCCGCGCGAAGGAAAUGGAGGAGAGGAUCAAGAAAUACAACGAUCAACAGGGGAAAAGCGCACCUCUGGGGAGGGAAAAGGCAUCGCGAAAGGAGGAAGAGGACGACCCCAGUGCUCGGGCCUUUGAUCGGGAGAAGGACAUGGCGCUCGGGUCCAAGAUCACAGGCAAACAGCGCCGUGAAAUCGUCAGUAAGGCUAGCGAUUACGGAUCGCGCUUUUCCAAGGGGAAUUACUUUCGGGCGGGAAAGGAAAGAAUGUCGCCCACCUGGAACCACUCGGACAUUCAUUCCUUGAAAAGGGACGAGGCGCUGGAAAUUCUUGCCCAGAUUUCACGUUUCGAAAAAAAGACCUUUCCCACCAAUGAAGCGUUUCCAUUUGGUGAAGAGCUUUGGAGAAAAAAGCCCAACACGCGGGUCGUGUACACGACCCGCGUCACGGAUGGUGCCUGGUCACCAAGGGAUCGUCCUGUAGCCUACGCGGUCUAUGUGCGCCAAAAGGGCAUCGCGCUCUUGCACAAGGUCUGCGUCAUUGAACCCUAUCGUCGCCAAGGCGUCGGUCGCGAGCUCAUGCUCUACCUCGAGGGGCGCCUACGGAAGGAGGGGUGUCAGCAAGUUCACCUGUGGGUGGAUGAGGCCAGGGAGCCCGCGCGAGCGCUCUAUCGCCAAUGUGGAUUCGAGGAGCGUGAAAUCGUUCCAGAUUAUUACGCCCCAGGCCGGACUGGCAUCAAGAUGGUCCUGAUUGUGGACCGUAAGACGUGA